AUGAGACUGAGAAUGGACGAAAGGAGGCGUGGAGGGUGCCGACGGCGCAUAGUAGCAACCAAGAGUGACACUACCAAUGGUGACAAAAACCCCAAUCUCAACACCAACAGCGUCAUCAAGAAGCUUCAAUCACGCGAGAUUUCUUCCAAACCUCACCGUGCUUUUGUUGCUGCUACUGCUCCACAUAGAUUCCAGAACAUGCGUUUGACUCAUCAAUUUGAUACUCAUGACGCUAAACACCGUUCUUCUCCUAAACCUUUCUUGCCGUUCUUGAUGAAAAGAACUAAGGUUGUUGAGAUCGUUGCUGCUAAGAAUGUUGUGUUUGCUCUUGCUCAUUCUGGGCUUUGUGCUGCUUUUAGUAGAGAAACAAAUGAGAGGAUUUGCUUUAUGAAUGUUAGCCCUGACGAAGUCAUCCGCAGUCUGUUCUACAACAAAAACAACGAAUCACUUAUUACAGUGUCUGUUUAUGCUUCUGAGAAUUUCAGUUCUCUGAAAUGCAGAUCUACAAGGAUUGAAUACAUAAGGAGGGCUGAGCCAGAUGCUGGUUUCCCUCUUUUCCAGUCCGAGUCUUUAAAAUGGCCCGGAUUUGUGGAAUUUGAUGAUGUUAAUGCAAAGGUUCUUACAUACUCCGCGCAAGAUAGUAUAUACAAGAUCUUUGACCUUAAAAACUACACCCUGCUAUACUCAAUUUCAGAUAGGAAUGUUCAAGAGAUCAAGAUCAGUCCUGGCAUCAUGUUGUUAAUACUCACUAGAGCAAGUGGUCACAUUCCACUCAAGAUUAUAUCCAUUGAGGACGGCACAGUUCUCAAAGCAUUCAAUCAUCUACUUCAUCGGAAUAAAAAGGUGGACUUCAUAGAGCAAUUCAAUGAAAAGCUUCUAGUCAAGCAGGAAAAUGAGAACCUUCAGAUACUUGAUGUACGGAGUUCUGAGGUGAUGGAGGUAAAUAAAACUCAGUUCAUGACUCCAUCAGCAUUUAUCUUUCUAUACGAGAAUCAGUUAUUCCUCACUUUCAGAAAUCGAACCGUUUCUGUUUGGAACUUCCGCGGGGAACUUGUUACAUCAUUCGAGGAUCAUCUGUUAUGGCAUCCAGACUGCAACACAAACAACAUAUACAUAACUAGUGAUCAGGACCUGAUUAUCUCUUACUGCAAGGCUGACUCUGAAGAUCAAUGGAUGGAACCCAAUGCUGGUUCCAUCAAUGUGAGCCACAUCUUGACGGGGAAAUGUGUGGCCAAAAUCAAUGCUGCAAAUUGCAGCAUGAAGGUGGACGAUUGCAAUAAUACUUGCAGCUGCAGACACAUUGAUUCAUCCCAAAUAACGAGCUCAGUUGCAGAGGCUUUGGAGGACAUAACUGCCCUCUUUUAUGAUGAAGACCGGAACGAGAUAUAUACUGGUAACAGACAUGGUCUUGUUCAUGUAUGGUCCAACUAA